UCUGACUUGCUGCAACCUUCUGUGUUCCCCUCUCUCAGCCUCACGGUCAGGACUCUACCCGUCGGGGAACAAAACCAUCUUGCACAUACCAGCUAAGCAUGUUCAACUACGAACGUCCAAAACACUUCAUCCAGUCCCAAAAUCCAUGUGGCUCCAGACUGCAGCCUCCAGGACAGGAAGCCCCCAGCUUCCCUAGCCAGACCAAACAGUCCUCUAUCGUCAUCCAGCCCCGCCAGUGCACGGAGCAGAGGUUUUCUGCCUCGUCCACAGUGAGCUCUCACAUCACCGUGUCUUCCUCGGCUUAUCCUGCUUCCCAGCAGCUUGCUGGCCCCAGCCCAGCCCAAAAGGUUACUGCCACCUUUAACCAGUCUCCAGCCAGCUUCCUCAGCUCUAUUUUACCAUCUCAACCUGAUUACAGUAACAGUAAAAUCCCAUCUGCUGUGGACUCCAACUAUCAACAAUCCUCGGUUAACCAGCCAGUAAAUGCCAUGCCAUCCCAAACUGCAAAUGCUAAGCCCACUCCAAGAACUCCUGACCAUGAAAUCCAAGGAUCAAAAGAAGCAUUGAUUCAAGAUUUGGAGAGAAAGCUGAAAUGCAAGGACACCCUUCUUCAUAAUGGAAAUCAAAGGCUGACCUAUGAGGAGAAGAUGGCUCGCAGGUUGCUAGGUCCCCAGAAUGCUGCUGCUGUGUUUCAAGCUCCAAACAAUGAUGUCCAAGAUUCUUCACAGCAGCACAACCCGGAGCAUGCACGGCUGCAGGUUCCCACAUCACAAGUAAGAAGUAGAUCGUCCUCAAGAGCAGAGGCAAAUGACCAGGACGCCAUCCAGGAAAAGUUUUACCCACCACGCUUCAUCCAAGUGCCAGAAAACAUGUCGAUUGAAGAAGGACGAUUCUGCAGAAUGGAUUUUAAAGUGAGUGGACUGCCGGCCCCUGAUGUGUCGUGGUAUCUAAACGGGAGUCCAGUUCAAUCAGAUGAGUUGCACAAAAUGAUAGUGUCUGAGAAGGGUUUUCACUCACUCAUCUUUGAAGUGGUCAGAGCAUCAGACGCAGGGUCGUAUGCCUGUGUGGCCAGGAACAGAGCCGGAGAAGCCACUUUCACCGUGCAGCUGGACGUCCUUGCAAAAGAGCAUAAAAGAGCGCCAAUGUUUAUCUACAAACCACAGAGUAAAAAAGUUUUUGAGGGAGAGUCAGUAAAACUAGAAUGCCAGAUCUCAGCUAUCCCUCCACCGAAGCUCUUCUGGAAAAGAAACAAUGAAAUGGUCCACUUCAACACCGAUAGGAUAAGCCUAUACCACGAUAAUGUCGGAAGAGUUACUUUACUGAUAAAGGAUGUAACCAAGAAGGAUGCUGGCUGGUACACAGUGUCUGCAGUCAAUGAGGCUGGCGUGACCACGUGUAACACAAGACUUGAUGUCACAGCCCGUCCAAACCAAACGCCCCCAGCUCCCAAGCAGCUGCGUGUUCGACCAACUUUCAGCAAAUAUUUAGCGCUUAACGGGAGAGGUUUGGAUGUGAAGCAAGCUUUUAACCCAGAAGGAGAGUUUCAGCGCCUCGCGGCUCAAUCGGGACUCUACGAAAGUGAAGAACUUUAAUAACUUUGCCCACAGUGGAAAACACAGCCUCACUAUUAGCAAUAUAGCUGAUGACUUUGUAGGAAAAAAAAAAAAAACUCCAUGGCUGUAUUAACAGCUUACGGCUUUACUUGGGUCGUAUAACUAACACGCAUUUAAAACAUUAUUUAUCUUCUGACUCUGGCGCAGCCUGUCUACUCCUCUGACCUGUGAAGCCAACAGUAAACUGAGUUUAUGGGUUUAUAUUGUAAGAGACUGUCUUGAGUUACAGUUUCUUAGAGCUUGAGUCCUACACUUUUAACAACUAUGAGUUAUGAAUCAAAACCCUUUUAAAACUGCAGUAAAGUGUAUGGGUAUUGCUUAACACACACAGGUUUACCUGUUUUCUCUUGUAGGAAUACUAACAUGAUAUAGAUUAUUUGAGUGUUCCACAAUUUCAUGUCAAAAGAAUAAAAUUCAAAUAGUUAAAAA